UAAUAUAAAUAGCCUUGCUGUCUAACAACAAAUACUCUGCUCACUCACUUUCUUGUUUUUUCUUGUCAAUGGCUUCAAUUGGUUCCACUUUUUGUCCAACAACUCCAGUUUUCUUCUCUUCUAGUUCUUCCAAUGUGGAAGAAAAGGGACAAAACUUCUACUUGUACCCCAAAAACAAAAGUAGCAAGAUUUGCAUUGUUGCUAGUUUUAGUAGUAGUAGUAAGCUACUGACACAAUCUACAGUUUCUACUAGUAUUAGUACUAGUACUAAAACUAGUAGUGCUGAAAGAACCAGUUUUGGGUUCAAGAACUUGAGUGAGACUUGUUGGGUUGAUGUGCAAAAAGCAGAGGGGAGACCAUUAAAUGUGGAGCUAAAUGCACCAUUAAGUAUAGGAUUGAUGAGUCUUGAAAAACUUGAAAAUGUGGCUAUUAGAGUUGAGCUUAGUAAUGGGUGUGUUGGGUGGGGAGAAAUUGCUGUUCUUCCUUGUGUUGAUGCUGUGGAUCAAACUGUAGCUCUUGCUAAAGCUAGAGAGGCUUGUGAGUUCUUGAGUUGCAGCUCUCCUAUGACUUUGAGUUUGGUUCUUGAUAAAGUUGGUGGGAUUCUUCCAGGAACUCAAUUUGCUUCUGUUAGGGCUGGAGUUGAAAUGGCAUUGAUUGAUGCAGUUGCUAACAGUAUUGAUUUACCUUUAUGGAGGUUAUUUGGUGGGGUAUCAAAUACCUUGACUACUGCUAUAACUGUUCCUACAAUUUUGCCCGAGUUGAGUUCAAAGUAUUGUGAAUCAGGAUUCAAGGUCCUGAAGUUUAAAAUAGGAAAGGAUGUUAAUGCGGAAAUUAAAGCUCUUCAAGCAAUACAGGCAGCUCAUCCUCAUUGUUCAUUCAUUCUAGAUGCUAAUGAGUCAUACACUCCUAAACAGGCUGAGGGUGUUCUUCAAAAGUUACAUGAUUCAGGAAUAAGACCUGCUGUGUUGGAACAACCGGUUCAUAGAGAUGACUGGAAAGGGCUUGCAGAAGUUACUAACUUUGCAAGAGCAAACUAUGGACAGUCCAUUGCUGUGGAUCAAACCUGUCAAACUCUAAUCGAUGUUCGACGAGUUAUUAAAGAAAAUUCUGCAGAUGUCAUUAACAUUAAGCUAGCCAAAUUUGGAGUUAUGGGUGCUCUUGAAAUUAUUGAGUUGGCAAGAAAAUCAGGAAUCAAACUGAUGAUUAGUAGCACAGCAGAGACAAGACUUGCCACUGGCUUUGCUGCUCAUCUGGCUGCUGGUCAAGGCUGUUUCAAAUAUGUUGUUCUAGAUAUGCCAUUUCUGCUUUCGAAGGAUCCUGUGAUAUGCGGUUACGAAGCUUCUGGUCCUGUUUACAAGUUUUUAAAUGCAAGAGGUCAAGGAGGAUUCCUGACAUGGGAGUUUUCAUCAUGAUGAUCAAUUCAAAGCUUUAGUUGAUUAAGAGCUGGUGUUAUAUAAAUAAUGGGCUUAAUAGAUCCUAUGAUUUAGCUUUGAGGAUGGUGCAUAGAUCAACUGCAAGAGCAAAGCCAAACACUAUAGUGGAGUAGUUAAUGUCCUCAUAAUUCUCUUGUAAAUUGCUCAUUUUCCACCAUAUUGGUUACUUUGCUAUAAAAUCAGCUGCUUCAUGUA